AUGAGCGGAAGUGCCGCGAACCAGCGCCUGCAGGCCAUCUACGAGAGCCUCGACUCGGGUAACAACAAGCAGGCCGUCAAGCACUGCAACGCACUUUUGGCCAAGGCCGACUACCCUCUAGUCAAAGCGCUCAAGGCGCUCGGACUGCAGCGAUGCGGCCGGUUCGACGAGGCGCUCUCUGUUGCGCGUGAGCUCGUGUCCAGCCCAGUGGCCUGCUCGCACGAGGCAACCCUCUCGACAGUGCUGAUGGUCUUUCGGCGCGCCGGCCUCGCCUCAGAGGCGACCGCCAUCUGCGAGCGCGGGCACGAGGCAAAGCCGCAGUCGGAGGAGAUUGCCGUCGAACUGCUCCGAUGCCACCUGCAAGCGGCCGCGUACGGGCCGGCGCAGCUGCUCGCGCUGCGCCUGUACAAGGCGUCGGGCCGCGCCUCGCACCUCUCGUGGGCCGUCGCGAUGGCGCUCCUGCAGGCGGACUCGCUCGCGCCGCCCACUCACGCGGCCGCCACUGCGGCCUGCGACGAGGCGGCGGCGGCGGCGAACGAGGCCCAGCGGCAGAAGCUGCUGCGGCUCGCCACGGCGAUGAUGGCCCGAGCCGAGGUCAGCACUGAAGGCGAGCUCCAGCUGCGGCUCGCAGCCCACCGGCGGGCAGGCGCCAGCGAGGAGGCGACGCAGCGGAGGCAGCGAGCCACAGUCGCGCGCGAGGCGCAGCGCGAGCUCCUCCUCCUCUCGCCCGGCGACUGGGGCGCGCUGGUCGGCUUCGUGCGCUCGUCGCUGCGCGCCGGCGGUGCCGAGGCCGAGGCCGAGCUGGAGGCGAGUCUGCUCCGGCUCGCCCCCGGUCUACUCGACACCGAGGAGGCGGCCGGCGGUGGCGAGGCGGCGGGCGAGACGGCGGAGCUGUCCCCGCGCCCCGCCUCGUACGAUCCGCUGCUCGAGGCGCUGAGGGCGUACUGGCGCGCGUACAGCCACAAGCAGUGCGCCGUGUACGACGUGCUCCCCUACCUGCGCGCCCUCCCCGCCGCCUCGCUCUCCGCCCUCCUGCAGCAGCUCGAGGCUGAGCUCGCCGCGCAGUUCGUCGCUGCGCACGCCUCCGCCGCCGACCUCGCCGCUGCGAUGGACGAGCGCGAGGUGCGGCCUGCCGACGAGCUCCCCCUGCUGGCGGCGGAGCUGCAGCUCGGCGCCCCGAUGGUGGAGUGGUGCUACCCCUCGCGAGGCAGCGCCGCCGACCUCGCCUCAGCAGCGCUCGCCGCUGCGACGCUGCAGGCAGGGCACGCGGCAUCGCCGCACAACGCGCAGCUCUCGGUCGCGCUCUGCGUCGCGCUGCUCUGCCUCGGCGCGCCGGACGGGCUGAGGGACGUCGCGGAGAACACACUCCUCGCGCUGCGGCAGGGCCAUCCGGCGCAGGCGCUCGAGCUCGUCGCGUUCGAGCGCGCCGUCCGCGGCUCGUGGUGGGGCGUCGCCGCCGCCGUCAUGGAGCGCCUCGUCGCCCUCGGCGCCUCGGACGGUUCCGCCGACGCGGCGCGCUCCGCCCUCGGCGAGGGCAGUCCGUUGCUCGACGUGCCGCUCACCGCCAGCCAGCUGCAUGCGAUGCCAGACACUCUCGACCUCGAGUCACUCACUACCCGCUGGCCGUCCGCCUCCGCGCCGCCCCCUCCUCCGGCCGGCUCUUCCAGCGUGCCGGAGGGCUCUUGCGGCGCAUUGGCCGGCCUCACGCUGUCGCCGCCGCCUCCUUCCGCCAGCACGGUCCGCAUGCUUCGCUGCGACUGGCUGCCUCGCCGCCAGCGGCUGCUCCGCUUCCUCCACCUGUACUUUGGGGGCGCCUCGUCUGCGGGGAGCGCCCGCUGUCUCUUUCCGCCGCCAGAGGAGGCCGUGCUGUGUGAGGCCGAGGCGUCGCUGCGCGAGCUCGCCUCCACCCUCGUCGCCAAGUUGGCCGCCGCCGGCACCGACGCGGCUGCUCUCGAGGCGCGGGCCGAAGCUGCAAUCAGCGACGCUGCAGCUGCCCUCUCCCGCCGCUGCAGCCGGGUGGGCGAGGGGAUGCGCGCGUCUGGCGGCUACUCGCCGCCGGCGCAGCGGCGACUGGUCCAUCUCUCGCAGCUCGAGGCGCCCGUUGCCGCCGCGCUCCGCAGCCGAUGGGACGAGCUGCUGCCCGCAGGCCGCAAGGCCGCCGCCUCCGCCGCUGUGCGUACCGCAGCCGCUGCCGCUGCCAAGGCGAUGCGCGCCGCAGUGGAGGAGCUGCUGGUGCGGCUGGCGGGCGCCCCCGUCCGCUCCAACGCGCGCCAGGCGCUCGAGUCGGAUGAGCUGCCGCUGCCGCCGCCGCUGCGUGAUGGGCCUCGCAAAGCCGCGGUGCGCGAGUCGGAGGCGGCUUUGCUGAAGGCGAGCCGCGAGGCGCUGCGCACGAGCGCCACUGCUCUCGCCAGUGGGUGA